ACAGUUCUCACUUCUCUCUAAUUCUCCGUCACGGCAAUUCAAGCACCCUCUCUGCAACUUUCAUCACAUCACAUGGCAGCGACAUCAGGGAAGAUUGUCCAAAAUGUUUUUGUGUCACACAGCUUCCAACAGAAUACACAGUUGUUCGCUUCACAGUCACAGGGUCGAAGGGACUAUUAUUUUUCCCCUUAUCCCCGCAACUCAAACCUUCCCUCUCCGCUAGGGAAGUUGGCAUGGACUGCCUCUUCCAUUCAAUUGCGCACUUUAUACAAACCCCAGAAUCAUUUUAGUAUCCAGAGAAAUUUUCACUGCAAUGCUUCUUCAUCUGUUUCUGCUACUGCUUUGCCAUAUCUAGACAAGACAGAUUUUCUAAAGCUUCAGAAUGGCAGUGACAUACGUGGUGUGGCUAUUGAUGGUGUCGAGGGAGAGAAAGUUAACCUCACUGAACUGUUGCUGAGGCAAUAG